AUGGUAUUUCCGGUUGUAACCCGCAUUCCGAAUGAGGAAACGCACGAUGAGGAAGCACGGAAUGAGCAAACGCAGGAUAGGAAAUGGCAAAAUAAGCAAACGCUGGAUGAGCCUCAAGCCCUCGCUGUCAACGACAGUUCCUCCGCCAAGAGACAGAGGUUCCCCUGUCCCAAUUGCACGAGUAUCUAUGGUCGUAAGAGUAAUCUUCAGUAUUACUUGAAUUUCGAGUGCGGCCAGCUGCCCAGGUUCAAUAGUCUUUACUGCCAAUAUCGUACCAGGCAUCAGUCAAACGUGCGCGCACACGUGUGCAGGAAGCACCAUGGUUGCAGCAUAUACGCUAUCGAUGUGUGCAAAUUGCUGGAAAACUCUUGUACUCAGGUAGUUUAA